AUGAGAGUGAGGAUGAACAAAGCACUUAACAUCUUCAUGGACAAGAUUUUUACGGAGGUGGUAAAGGAGGAGAUCUCGGAUGACAAUGCAAAGCUCCCUUGCUUCAAUGGACGAGUGGUGUCCUGGCUGGUCCUGGCUGAAAGCUCCCACUCUGACACAGGCUCCCAGUGCACCGAGAGCCACACAGACCUUCCGCCACCCAUCGAGAGAACAGGUGGCAUUGGAGACUCCCGGCCUCCGUCGUUCCACCCGAAUGCUGCCAGCAGCCGGGACGGCCUCGACAAUGAAACGGGAACGGAGUCUGUUAUUAGCCACCGGCGAGACAGGCAUCGACGGAGAAAUAGAGAAGGACAUGAGGAUGUCCCCCGGAUCAAUGGCCACCCGAAACUGGACAGACACCGCGAGCACCCUCCCGGUUAUGACAGCGCUUCUACCAUGCUGAGCAGUGAGCUGGAAUCCAGCAGCUUCAUUGACUCCGAGGACGAUGACAACACGAGCAGGUUGAGUAGCUCCACUGAGCAAAGUACUUCAUCCCGGCUCAUUCGGAAGCAUAAACGCAGGAGGAGGAAACAAAGGAUGCGGCAGAUCGACAGGUCGUCUUCGUUCAGCAGCAUCACUGAUUCUACCAUGUCCCUAAAUAUCAUCACUGUCACACUCAACAUGGAAAAGUAUAACUUCCUGGGAAUCAGCAUUGUGGGACAGAGCAAUGACCGGGGUGAUGGUGGCAUUUACAUCGGCUCGAUUAUGAAAGGAGGGGCUGUGGCAGCGGACGGCCGAAUUGAACCAGGAGACAUGCUUCUGCAGGUGAACGACGUCAAUUUUGAGAACAUGAGCAACGAUGAUGCAGUGCGGGUUUUACGGGAAAUAGUCUCCAAACCAGGACCUAUCAGCCUAACAGUAGCCAAAUGCUGGGACCCUACUCCCAGGAGUUAUUUCACCAUCCCCAGGGCUGAACCAGUGAGGCCAAUCGACCCUGCGGCGUGGAUCUCUCAUACCACAGCCAUGACGGGAGCGUACCCCCGUUACGAAUUAGAAGAAUCUCCCUUAACUGUGAAGAGUGACAUGGCUACUAUUGUCAAGGUUAUGCAGCUCCCAGACUCGGGCCUUGAAAUUCGGGACAGGAUGUGGUUAAAAAUUACCAUCUCCAAUGCGGUGAUAGGAGCAGAUGUGGUUGACUGGCUUUAUACACACGUGGAAGGCUUCAAAGACCGACGGGAGGCUAGGAAAUACGCCAGCAGCAUGUUAAAACACGGCUACCUCAGGCACACUGUGAACAAAAUCACCUUCUCGGAGCAGUGCUAUUAUGUCUUUGGAGACCUCUGUGGCAAUAUGGCUGCGCUGAACCUUAACAACGGUUCUACCGGAGCCUCGGAUCAGGACACCCUCGCUCCACUUCCGCAUCCUGCUGCUCCCUGGCCGUUAGGCCAAGGAUACCCGUACCAGUAUCCUCUGCCCCCUCCGUGUUUUCCACCAGCAUACCAAGACCCAGGCUUUAGCUACGGUAGCGGCAGUGCAGGAAGCCAGCAAAGCGAAG